AUGUUUAAGCGCUUCCUAUCGGUUAAUAAAGCGUCUAAGAUAAAAAAUAGCUCUUCAGAUGAUCUUACAGUAAAACAACGAACGAUUAUUGAUGAUCCAUUAGAUGAAGAGCAAAAGAUAAAUUACGAUAAUACUGAUGAGAAGGAUGUACUAACUUCUUCUGAAAUGCAAGGUUCGAUGGUAAUAAUAGAAGAAGUGGAGAAGAGUUUUAGUAACACAAACCCAUUCAGUAAUGAACAAAACAACUCAUUUAAAAGAGAUAUUCCACCACUGACAACUUCUGAGGAAGCAUUUUCAAACGAUGUUUAUCCUCCACUUUGGUAUAGUAGAAGAACAGAUGAUCUACCGUUUGGAGAUGGAUCUAACAAGGUUUUUGGCUUUGAGAACUUCGGUAAUACAUGUUAUUGUAACUCCGUUUUACAAUGUUUAUACAAUCAUAAAGAAUUCAGAAUUAAUGUUUUAACAUAUCCAAAAUUAAAGGGCGAAUCAAGAGAAAGAAAAUUGAAAGUUACAUCUAAGAACCCAAGAACUUAUGACGGAUUGUUGCAAGAAUUAAAUGGACAUGGAGAAAGUACAACCUUGCCAUUAGGUAAUUUAUCGGAUUCCCACAAUCGCUUUAAUGAGGAAGAAAAAUCAUUUCAACACCAAAGUAAAAAAAUGUUGUCAAGUUUUAUGAGACGAUCAAAUAGUACUAACACGACGGUAUUAUCCAACGCAGAAACUUCAAAUAGGGCAGAAUCAUUUAUAAAAGUACCAGAUUCAAUACCAAAGGAAAAUUCAGUUUUACAAUCUGCUGAUCCAUUAAAAUUAAACUCCGCCAAUGACAGAAACUCUAGAAUAACUAUAGUUGGUAGGGAACUAGAUAGUAGUAUUUCGAAAAUAAAAGGAGACCGUUCCUCGUCGAAUGGCAGUUCUCAUAAGACUAUCAAUUCAGUACCUGAGGAACAUAACGAUAAUAAUGUGAAUACAAAUGAACACUCGAAUGAGGAUCUAGGGAGAAAAAUUUCAGACACUCAACCUAUUUAUCAAACCAUCGAAAGAAGGAAGAAAGUUGCUUUAGUCAAUGGGCCUGUUCUUAAUAUUGACCAAAAAAUAUCACAGCAUGAUACAGGAUCACCCAUAUUUGGAAGUCUAAAAGACAUAUUUGAAUGUAUCACUGAAAAUGAUUAUAUGACAGGUGUUGUAUCGCCAUAUCAAUUUAUUCAUACUUUCAAGAGGGAAAAUGUUUUGUUCAACAGUAUGAUGCAUCAGGAUGCACAUGAAUUUCUCAAUUUCCUUUUAAAUCAAAUUAGCGAUACGGAUAUGACUAAUGGAAAUAAUAUAAGCGCACCAAACUUUAUUAAAGAUAUGUUCGAAGGUUCAUUAACAUAUAGAGUAAAAUGUCUAACAUGUGAUAAUAUAACUACUAGGGAUGAAAAUUUCCUUGAUUUUCCAAUUGAAGUUCAAGGGAAAAAAGAAACCAGCAUACAAGAUGUAUUGCAAAAGUACCAUCAAAGGGAGUUACUGAAUGGUUCAAAUAAAUUUUAUUGUGAUUUGUGCUGUGGGCUUCAAGAGGCUGAAAGGGUAGUGGGUCUGAAAAAUUUACCUAGUACAUUACUAUUACAUUUAAAACGUUUUAAAUAUUCAGAGGCUGAGAACGCAAAUAUUAAAUUGUUCAAUAACAUAUACUAUCCAUCCAAGUUGCAUGUUCAAAGUACAUUUGACGCAACACAAUCCAAAAAUUACAAUCUGACCGGUUUGGUUGUUCACAUGGGGGGUGGGCCACAGCACGGUCAUUAUGUGGCUCUAUGCAAGACCGAAAAAUAUGGUUGGUUGAUUUUUGACGACGAGACAAUUGAGACGAUAUCAGAUGAGGAUGUCUUGAAAUAUUCAGGAGACAGUGGUAGCAUGUCCACGGCGUAUUUGUUAAUGUAUACAGAGGAUGAUAAUGCUACUGUUAACAGCUGUGUGGGACAUGCGUCUCAUCAUGAAAACGUGUCGGAAUUAAUUCAUGCAGACGAUGUGGUUCGUCGAAAGAACUUCUUAAAGGAUUUUGGCUGUUUAAAUAUCAGUUCAAGAGAAGAAUCGGCGGAAAUUGUUGAAUCAUUCAAUACUGAGAAAAAUGGUUUAUCGAAGAAUAGGAUAGGUGAGAAAACCUCUAAGUUUUUCAGUUUUGGAAAGAAAUAA